AUGAUAAUUGGAUGGGAUAACUUCGCUGAGUACACAAUAGUAGGCUGUCUCGGCUCGAGCGGCCUUCGACUCAAGGGUGCGGAGCGAUGGUAUUGCGGUACCGUACUGCAGCAACCGCCGAGGUCUGGUCAUCAGUUGCAAGGUGAUAUCUCACAAGGGCAGGCUGUCUCGGUUCGAGCGGCCUUCGACUCGAGCGUGCGGAGCGAUGGUAUUGCAUUACCAUACUGCAGCAACCGCCGAGGUCUGGCCAUCCGUUGCAAGAUGCCGGUGCCAGGUGAUCUCUUACAAGGGCAGGCUGUCUCGGUUCGAGCGGCCUUCGACUCGAGCGUGCGGAGCGAUGGUAUUGCAUUACCAUACUGCAGCAACCGCCGAGGUCUGGCCAUCCGUUGCAAGAUGCCGACGCCAGGUGAUAUCUUACAAGGGCAGGCUGUCUCGGUUCGAGCGGCCUUCGACUCGAGCGUGCGGAGCGAUGGUAUUGCAGUACCAUACUGCAGCAACCGCCGAGGUCUGGCCAUCCGUUGCAAGAUGCCGACGCCAGGUGAUAUCUUACAAGGGCAGGCUGUCUCGGUUCGAGCGGCCUUCGACUCGAGCGUGCGGAGCGAUGGUAUUGCAGUACCAUACUGCAGCAACCGCCGAGGUCUGGCCAUCCGUUGCAAGAUGCCGACGCCAGGUGAUAUCUUACAAGGGCAGGCUGUCUCGGUUCGAGCGGCCUUCGACUCGAGCGUGCGGAGCGAUGGUAUUGCAGUACCAUACUGCAGCAACCGCCGAGGUCUGGCCAUCCAUUGCAAUUUAACAUGUUAA